UUGCGCACCGAACGGCUACCAGUUGCGUAUUUUCAUCGCUAAGUUUAACUGAUUGUUUUGCGACGCGGCUACAAACUUGUAAGAUGGUCACAAUAGGAGAAGCGUUCACGCCGGCUGACGGUGUAAUCUAUUCGGCGUCCAAUGUAAAGCUGAAGAUUGGUAACAGUAUCAUUCCUUCACCGGGUUCACUGUAUUUAACCGAGAGCUCAUGCGUCUGGAGUUGUGAGGAUCGAAAUAGCAGCAUCUGCAUUCCAUGGCCACGGGUGGGCGUACACGCCAUCUCGUCCGUGCCGGGGGAGGGCAUCUUUGUGAUGGUGGACAUAAACCUCGUCUGGCCCGGCUUUUACGAGGGCCGACCGGAGAACAAUGGCAACGCGCAUCCGGAGGAGGAACAGGGCGAAGACGACGAAGGUCACGAUUCCGAAGGUUCCGAGUCGGCGAUGACGGAAAUGUGGUUCCAGCCUGCUAGCUCCGAUAUCGUGGAACAAAUCUUCAGUGCCAUGCGGGAAUGCCAGAGCCUGAACCCCGGUACGGAUGUGAGCGAGGACGAAGACUACAUGGAAGCGGAAGAGGACGACCUGCAGGAGGUGGGCGAUAUGCGAAAUCUGCAGCUCGAUGAUGAGGAUAAAUUCGCGGAUGCCGAGGAAUAACCAUGCACGGUGUGAUUUGCGGGCGUCUGUGACAAGCGAAUCUUGCUUGAGAGCAAAGAAAAGGCGUCCAGCUUGUUUGCUGUGAUGAACACUCUCAUUUAAGUCAUGCGGCGAAAAUUAUGCAAAAUGCACUCGAGUUGCCAUUUCAAAUCAUCGCAAGUCGUCUACAUUAUACACUCUCAAAUUAAGGGAAGCUCUGAGCACAUUAGAAUAUGGAUUUGCUAAAAAAAAAUCAUGUUGGUGAUAAGUUGAAUUAACAAUGAAAUGUAAUAAAAUCAUCAUAUCCUUAUU